AUGUCCCACUCCGACGACCACAAAGAGCGCGACCUCGUCUCCCUGCUCUCAAUCGACCAGCGCGCAGAGCUCACCCUGCUCAUAGCCACCGCAACAGAGCGCAUGCGCCGCAACAUCACCGAGAUAUUCGACGCCCCAGCACCACCACAGCCGCCCCCCCCAAUGGCGGCGAAAGGCGCCGCUAAAGAAGAAGAAGGGGGAGCCAAAGACGCCGCUGCUGCUGAAAAGGCAGUAGCAGAGCAGCCGCCGGGCGCGGGGGCUAAACAAAGCGUUCGCCUCAUGGAGCUCAAGAAGACCGCGUUGACCUCCUUCGACACCUGGUCCUCCGCCGUGCUGCAGCGUAUCAGCGAAGCCGUCCACUCCGACCUCGCGCCCCCCGAACAGACCCGCCUCCUCCGGCGCGCGUCCACAACAGCGUCGGAGGCGCCGCCGCCGCCAGCCCUACCAGAGAUCUACGCGCCGAUCCCCACACCACUCACGUCGAGCCUCCCACCCGACUACCCACCCAUGGUGCUCCACGCCCUACUCCUGCUCCUCCUUUCCCUCGAGCGCUACGACGCCCGCUCGCGCGUCCUCCUCCUCAUCACCGCAUCAUCCCUCAACGUCCCCGCCCAGUCCCUCAUCGCGCAAGAAACCCAGACCGCCAGCGUCCUCGUCAACGCCGCGCACAUGUCCGCCGACCAAGAGUCGAAGGCCCGCUCCGACUCCGCCCGCUCCGGCAAGUGGUGGAAGGUCGGCCUCGCAUCCGUCGCCGGCGCCGUCGCAAUCGGCGUGACCGGCGGCCUCGCCGCGCCCCUUGUCGCCGCCGGCGUCGGCAGCGUCAUGGGCGGCAUCGGCCUCGGCGGCACUGUCGCGGCGGGCUAUCUCGGCGCGAUGGCAUCGAGCGGCGCAAUCGUGGGCACGCUGUUCGGCGCGUAUGGCGGGAAGAUGACGGGCGAGAUGAUGGAGCGCUACGCAGCGGCCGUGCGGGACUUCGCCUUCAUCCCCGUCAAGGCGCGGGCCGAGCGUCUCCGCGUCACGAUAGGCAUCUCGGGGUGGCUCACGGUGCCGGAAGAGGUCACGGCGCCGUGGGGCUGCCUCAAUGGUAACGCGGACGUGUAUGCGCUCCGCUGGGAGAUGGAUGCGCUGCUGGACCUGGGGUCGUCGCUGCAGACCAUCCUGAAGAGCUAUGCGUGGGGCUAUGUCAAGUCAGAGAUCAUCAAGCGUACGGUGUUUGCGGCGCUGUGGGGCGCCGUCAUGUGGCCGGUGACCAUCCUGAAGAUUGCGCGCGUCGUCGAUAAUCCGUUCUCGAUCGCGAAGCACCGCAGUGAGAAGGCGGGGAGGGUGCUCGCGGAUGCGAUCGUGAACCGCGCGCAGGGGGAGCGGCCGGUCACGCUGGUCGGAUUCUCGCUGGGCGCGCGGGUGAUCUAUAGUUGUUUGCUGAGCCUGGCGGAGCGCGGGAUGUUCGGGCUGGUGGAGAAUGUGGUGGUUAUGGGGGCGCCGGUGCCGGCGGAUGUGGAUGAGUGGCGGCGGAUUAGGAGUGUGGUGGCGGGAAGGUGCGUGAAUGUGUAUUCGGAGAGCGACUAUAUCUUGGCGUUUCUGUACCGCACGAGUAGUAUCCAGCUUGGGGUGGCGGGGCUGCAGAGGGUUGGGGUGAGGGGGGUGGAGAAUGUGAAUAUGGGGCAUGUGGUGGAGGGGCACUUGAGGUAUCGGUAUGUGACGGGGAUGGUGCUGAGGGAUAUCCUCGGGGAGGAUGUGGAGAGGGAGGUGGUGGAGAGGGAGGAGAGGGAGCUGAGGUUGGUGAUGAGGAGGGAGGAGGAGCGGGAGAAGGAGGAGGGGGGGAAGGGGGAGGAGGAGCAGGAGGGCGAGAUUGAUAGUGUGGUGGAUAAGGCGGAGAAGGAGCUGGAGGAGAGGAGGAGGAAGAGGGCCGCGCUGGAGGAGGAGAGGAAGCGGGCGAUGGGGGAGUAA